UCUCCCUCCGUGUCCGGCCAUGGUCUCCUCCGGGCAGUACGGCCCUCGGGCCCUGUCCGCCCUGAGCCUUCUGGGCACGGGCUCGGGCCUGGUCUCGGUGCUGGCCUCCCUGCUGCUCUUCCAGGCCCGGCCGGGGGGUCUCGCUCUGGGGCCGGGGUCCCUCCCGGAGGCCUCCCGCCGGGCGCUUCUCUCCCUCUCGGCCGUGGGCUCCGCGCUGUGCCUGGUCCUGAGCCUGGCCUGCCUCCUCCUGGCCCUGCUCCACUCCUACUGCGCCGCAGAGGGCUGCGCACAACCCCAGGGAGCACAACUAACGUCACACAGCGACCGGUUCCUUCUGGACAGCCGGAAAGUCCGUCACGUGGCCGUGGGCCUCUUCUGCUGCGCGGUGUCCGUCUACCUGGCAGCGCUGUCCAUGUACAUGCUGGUGCUAUUCGAGCUCGAGACGGGCGUCGCUGGGGCCUGCGUCUUGUCCUCGGGCGUCGUGGUUCUGGUGGUCACCGUCGCCCACGUCCUGAUCCGGGCCUCCCGGGCAUCCCGGUGUGUAAACCUCCCGCAAAGUUUGUACGAAAACGGCUCCGCCGGCCUCGAUGUGGCCCACCUGAACAACGCCGUGGUGGGUAGCUCGUCCAGCGGUCCCGAGGAUGACCUCUACGCCGCCCCCCGGACACACCGGACCCUCUCGGCGGACUCGGCCCUCCUGGUGGCCCAGUGCAAGCCCUGGAACAGCGUGGCCCGGGAGGUGAAGAACGCCCUCGCACGCAAAGCCUCCGGCACCGGGAAGGACUCCACCUUGGUGUGAGCGGUGGCCGGUGGGGCGUCAUCCGGACACCCCGGCUCACUACUAUGGGGUCGUGGGAGUUGUAGUUUGACCGGAAGGUGCCUCUGCCUUGUAGCAUUGCCACUAGCUCAAAACUAUGGAGUCCUGGGAGUUGUAGUUUGACCGGAGGGUGCCUCUGCCUUGUAGCAUUACCACUAGCUCAACACUAUGGAGACCUGGGAGUUGUAGUUUGACCGGAGGGUGCCUCUGCCUUGUAGAAUUACCACUAGCUCAACACUAUGGAGACCUGGGAGUUGUAGUUUGACCGGAGGGUGCCUCUGCCUUGUAGAAUUACCACUAGCUCAACACUAUGGAGUGCUGGGAGUUGUAGUUUGACCGGAGGGUGCCUCUGCCUUGUAGCAUUGCCACUAGCUCAACACUAUGGAGACCUGGGAGUUGUAGUUUGACCGGAGGGUGCCUCUGCCUUGUAGUAUUACCACUGGCUCAACACUGUGGAGACCUGGGAGUUGUAGUUUGACCGGAGGGUGCCUCUGCCUUGUAGCAUUACCACUAGCUCAACACUAUGGAGUCCUGGGAGUUGUAGUUUGACCGGAGGGUGCCUCUGCCUUGUAGCAUUGCCACUAGCUCAACACUAUGGAGACCUGGGAGUUGUAGUUUGACCGGAGGGUGCCUCUGCCUUGUAGUAUUACCACUGGCUCAACACUGUGGAGACCUGGGAGUUGUAGUUUGACUGGAGGGUGCCCCUGCCUUGUAGCAUUACCACUAGCUCAACACUAUGGAGUCCUGGGAGUUGUAGUUUGUCACUCUUAAGCAGACCUUGGAUCAAUAAAGUACAAAACAAAG